AUGGAGUCCGAAAUAUUAGAUCGUAUCCAGCGAAUGCAAUUAACGGCGGACGAGGAUGAAGCCAUUACAGUACGUCCGUUGAGGAGAAAGCAGAUCCUAGAAGAAUAUUCUCUGAGUUUAAUUGGGAAGUUUCUUACAACUAGACCGAUUAAUAUUAGAGCCGCCAAGAACUUACUGAGAUCAACGUGGAAACUGGGGGAAGACCUGAAGGUGGUGGAACUAGGCAACGGACUAUUACAAUUCAAAUUUGCAAUGGAGAGCCAACUAAACUGGGUUUGGAGCAAUGGGCCUUGGUGUUUUGAUAACCACAUCCUUGCCAUGCGGAGAUGGGAAAAAGGUAUGAGUACCAGAACUGUGACUUUCACCCACCUACCGUUUUGGAUCCAAGUUUGGGACCUACCGUUCGACUUAAUCACUGAAGAAGCUGGACACGAUAUUGGGCGAGGACUGGGCAAGGUGAUUGACGUGGACUGCAAAGCUCUCAAAACUGACCAAGCCCAGUUUCUCCGAAUUAAGGUGGAGGUACCAUUAGACAAGCCAUUGAGGCGUGGAGGACCAGUCGUUAGUCCUGAAGGCGACGAGGCAAAAGUCGCUUUCCGAUACGAAAGAUUGGUCGGUUGGUGUUUUGCUUGUGGAAGGAUAGGUCAUGAGUGCAAGGAGUGCAGGGUGGCCACUGAGGUUGAAAAGUGGGAGAAGCCGUAUGGGGAAUGGUUAAAGGCAGGCACUCGCGGCAGACCGGAAACACUGAGAAACAACCAGAGAAGAUCAGAUCAGAGCCGGUGA